CCCCGCCACUCGGACGCCGCCCUGAAGAAGGGCCGCGACAAGGCCGCCCUGGCCGCCGCCGCCGUCGCCAAGGUCAUCAAGAGCCGGUCCCGCUCCAGGUCUUCGCGCAGCAGCUCGGGCUCGGACAGCAGCGGCAGCAGCAGCGACUCCAGCGAGUCGAGCUACUCCUCGUCGUCGAGCGAGACGCGGCGACGCCGGGACUCGCCGCCGGUGGCGGCGCGCAAGGAGUCGAAGGGCAUGGACGCCCUGAAGCUGAGCGGCGCCAAGCAGCAGAUCAAGCUCACGUUGAAGCCCUCGAACAACGCGACGGCGCUUAAGAAGGUUGACCGCAGCGGCGGGGGCGGCGGUGGCGCCACCAUCGCGGGGAAGAAGCGCCCUCUGGAGGCGUCGCCACCGUCGCGCGGCGCCGAUAGUAAAGCUAGUGUCGCCCUGGCCGCCGCGAAGGCCGCCAAGAAGGCGAGCUCGCGUCGCGAGGAACUCCUCAAGCAGCUUAAGGCCGUAGAGGACGCCAUCGCGCGCAAGCGCUCCAAGGUCUAGGUUAGGUACCGCGUUAGAGGUUAGAGUUGCGUUGGAUGGUUCACGAUAGACGAUAAGCGACCUUCUGGGUCCCCGCGAACAUGUUGAAUAAAGAGCACUCAUAUUUUUACGUCA